AGGAGAGUUUGGCUGUCCGCAACUUUAAUUGAUGAGAACUUAAACGUCAUUAGAGAGCUACUAAUGAGCUAUUAUUGAGCAGCGGGGUCUUCAUCAGAUAAGUCGGGGAGGAAGGUCCUUUUUUUAAAACCAUCUUGAACAUGUUUGAAUCCAUCAAAGUACUCUUUGUACUUAUCUUAUUCUACUUCCCGUUUUUUUUUCUGGUACUGAUUCCGAGCAACUCCAUAUUCUUACGACCAGAGGAUUUGCAAGAUGACAUUUGCACAAAGUUGGCAUUACCUUUUCUUUGUGAUGAACCUAGCGUGACUUUAGCAGUAAUUAAGCCGGAUGGUAUGUCUCACGAAAGCCAAAUUAAGGCAAUUAUCGAAGAGAAUGGAUUCAAGAUUAUAAAUGAUAAAACGGAAAAAUUGGAUGUCGAACAAGUGUCUGCUUGGUAUAGCGACAAACAGGAAGAACCUUAUUAUCCAUCAUUAGUUGAAUACUUGACAAGAGGUCCCAUCCGAGUACUUGCACUGUCCAGAAGAAAGGCGGUUCCUAAGUUACGCGAUUUGAUUGGACCAACAAACCCUGAUAUGGCUCGACAAUCAUUUCCUAAAACGAUCAGGGCUCUGUAUGGUACUGAUAUUCAAGAGAAUGCAAUCCAUGCGAGUGAUUCAAGAGAGUCAGCUGAAAAGGAAAUAAAAUUCUUCUUUGCUGAGCAGGACCCCACCCACACAAGGCAUUUGUAAGAAGAAAAAAUUACCAUAAUAAAUCACUAUUCACACCAUGUCAUGCCGAUAAAAACGGAGUU